AUCUCCUUGCAGCCACACAACUGACAAAGACUCUCUUCUCUCUCCGGCCGCUCCCUCGGUUCGUGGUCACCUGCUCCUCUUGUUCCUCCUGCUCCGCUCUGCUCUGCUCUGCUCUCUCUCUCUCUCCCCAUGAGAAAGGGAGCUCCCUUCCUCGCUAGCAAAGCAUAGCCAGCUCAGCUCGGGGUCAUCGAUCCUUCAGAUUCCUUCCUUCUUCCCUUCCCUUGGAACAGAACCGAGGGGAAGCUUGCGGUCCAUGAUGAAUGUUGUGGCUAGCCAUCCCCAAAACCUGCAGCUGCCCCUUCAGGAUGCCUCUCUGAGUCUGAGCCUGAGAGGGAGAUUAUUCAUCAACAGCAAGGGCUCCAAUAAGGUGCAGUGCCUGCCAGCUUCUUCUCCUUGUUCUUCUUCAGGUGGUAGAUGCAGCAGCAGCAUCCACCACCCCCACACAAGGAGGUUUGCAGUUAUCAGAGCGGCCGGUGACGGCAGAGGCGGUGAAUCGUCAAGCGGCGGCCAAGACGAUGAUGAUGAAGAAGGAGGAGGUGACAAUGAGGUGCCGCAAAGCAGCAGCAGCAGCAGCAGCUCCCGAGAGGAUCUGGAGCGCCUGGUCGGGCCUGACGAGGACGACAAGUUCAACGGGUUGGACCUUGCAAACCUCAUCAGGAAGAAGUACGGAAGAUCCUACGAUGUGACGUUGAUAAAGAAGGAGUUCAUGGGGAGGAAUCUGCUUGCGAUGAAUGUGAUGUGGAAGUACAGGGAGCAGAGGUCGUUCCCGCUGAGCGAGGAGGAGUACCUGCUGCGGCUGGACGAGGUGGCCAACACGCUGCGGUGCUGGGGCGCCGUGGCGCACGUCCGCAACACCCUGGAGAAGCUCAAGGAGAGGCCGCGCAUCGGCAAGGCCGUCAGCAUCUUCAUCGACAUGGACCAGACGGGAGGAAGAGCCAACGAGUGGAUCUACAAGUGAUGAACCAUGUUUCAUUUUGUUUCAAAGUCCAAAUGCUGUUUCGCAUGGAAACGAACGGCAGAGAUUUUGUUUCAAAGUCCAAAUGCGUAAUUAGCACUUGGUAGUAAGCAUGCUGUUUGAGUAAUUAGCUUA